CGCGAGCCGCUCCCUAUAACCUGAAGCUGUCAGCUGCCGAACCAUGGCCCAUCAGACCGGGAUCCACGCUACCCCAGAACUGAAGGAGUUCUUUGCAAAGGCUCGCAAUGGAUCCAUCCGGCUCAUAAAGGUUGUCAUUGAAGAAGAGCAGCUGGUGUUGGGAUCACACAAAGAGCUAAAACAUGCCUGGGAACAAGACUACGAUGCAUUAAUUGUUCCACUUCUUGAUGAAUCUCAGCCGUGUUACAUUCUCUAUAGGCUGGACAGCCAGAAUGCUCAGGGGUACGAGUGGAUCUUCCUGUCCUGGUCACCUGACCAUUCCCCGGUGCGGCUGAAGAUGCUCUAUGCGGCUACAAGAGCAACUGUCAAGAAAGAAUUUGGCGGGGGACACAUUAAGGAUGAAAUAUUUGGAACACUAAAGGAAGAUGUUGCUCUCAGUGGCUACAAGAAACACGUUUCCUUAUGUGCAGCUCCAGCUCCUCUCACUGCAGCUGAAAGGGAAUUACAGGAAAUCAAGAUAAACGAGGUGAAAACUGAAAUCAGUGUAGAGAGUAAACAACAGACCCUGCAAGGACUCUCUUUUCCUUUGAGGCCAGAAGCGGAGGAGGCAAUCCUGCUCUUAAAACAGAAGAAAAUCAAUUAUAUUCAGCUGAGAUUGGAUCUAGAAAAGGAGACUGUAGACCUGGUCCAUACAAAGCACACCGAGAUAAAAGACCUACCAGGCAGAAUACCACAAGACACGGCCCGUUACCACUUCUUUCUCUACAAACACUCUCAUGAAGGAGACCACUUGGAAUCUGUAGUGUUUAUCUACUCCAUGCCGGGAUACAAAUGCAGCAUUAAAGAACGAAUGUUGUACUCUAGCUGCAAGAAUAGGCUGCUGGAUUCUGUGGAACAGGAUUUCCAACUGGAGAUUGCCAAGAAGAUUGAAAUUGAAGAUGGUGCUGAACUAACAGACGAAUUUCUGUACGAUGAGGUUCAUCCUAAGCAGCAUGCUUUCAAACAAGCUUUUGCCAAACCCAAAGGACCUGCGGGCAAACGUGGACAAAAGCGCCUAAUUAAAGGUCCGGGUGAAAACGGGGAGGACAGUUAAAUACAGAAUCGAUGUUGUUUCCAACAUUGCAGAUUGUCCUUUUACAAUAUUCAGGAAAUGUUUUGGUUCAUUUGCUUUUCUACAAUGAGGACCUAGUGUGUGGGCCCCUGGAGGGGAUUCCUACUUACCUCUUCUCUAGUUACAUAGGCUUGUUACAUUGAGAUGGUCCGGACUGUGUUUUUUUUUUUUCCCUUUCUUAAGCUUCUGCAUUAUCACCCACUCCUCUAUGUCAAACCCAUCUGUGAAAUGAGGGGACAGAGCUUGCCUAUAAUACCCAUUUCAGUUGUAUCUUUCUUAUGCCAAUUUUACAAUUAGUUGGACAUUUUCACAGGUUCUAUAGAUUUACUGUUCCAGUUCCAUGCCAGUGGUGAGAUUACAGUGCCUACUCCAACUGUAUAUACAAAGGCAGCUUGGCCAGUGUAUUGAAUUGCAAAUCACUUGACUUCCCUUAUUUUGUAGCUAGUUGUAUUUGCUCAGUUACAUGCCUUCAGUAUGCCCUGUGCUGGUCUAUCUGCCUGUGUUACAGUGUUGCUGUAAUUUUACAUUUCUGGUUUAAUAUGUAUUUGAUCCCAAUGUGAAAGUGCAAUAAUGUAAAGGGACUGGGUUACACACCCCUCUGGAACUGCAAGGGUUAACAAACAUCUACCCUUUCUACUCCUUGGUGGCAUAGCACUGCAUUUGGAUAGAUUGGUUGGCUCUCCAUGCUUUAGCUUGGCAGAUAUUAUAGUCCUUCUUAUGGCAUCUCAUACUUUUACAUUAGUUCCUGGGAGUGAUGAUGCACAUUCCAGACAAAAGCAUUAACAACGAUCAUAGUCUACCUGGAGGGAAAAAAUGUCAGUAUAUUCUUACCCUUAGCUCGGAAAUUUUCUAUGAAUAUAUAUUAAAA